GGAGAGGAUAGAAAGAGCGCAGAGAAUGGAUAACGCGUUGGAAGGGGCGCCAAGCGAGUGUUGAGAAUAUUUGGCGUUGUUGUGAUUGUGGCUGAUUUACGGAUGCAGCAGUGAAGCGGGACUUGGAUUGCAUUCUCCUCCUGGCGCACAUACUCGAGGCCCUCGUCUCGGCUGUCUGCUUCAUUUAAGUACAUGCAUCCCUCGCUUCAGCCGCUUUUUGGUUCUCUCUUCCUUCUUUGAGAUAGCCAGAUAUAACUCGUUGCAUUUGGCAAGAAACCAGACGCUUCCUUCUCUUCAGAAGGUCAUCGCUUUACAGGACCAUUUCCCGCCAAUCGCUCACCUCUCUCCUGCGAUUUACCCUGGCUUCUUGAGUCGCUCUUUUACCACAUCUCAGGUACUCUUGUCCGAUCGAUAUUCUACCCGGUCCGCCCUCAUUCAAUCAAGCAUUCGUGGUCGUUCAUCUGUCGUCUCUCGCCCCCAGGUCAAUUUCAGGGCAGGCCGUCAUUCGUUCUUUACCCUACCCGCUUUCUUUGUGUGACAUGGGUUCCUCGCAGGAUCCCAAUGCGCAUCCACCUCUGGGCGAUCCUCAGGCUUUUCAGCAGUUUGAGUCGAAUGAGGCCCAAUCCUCAUUCGCAUCCCUGAUGAAUUCCACUCAACCCGAGGCAUCUCUUGCAGCCACUCAUGUCCCACACAUCCCCUCCCCAUUGUCUUCAAUGUUCCCGUCGGAGGUGGAUCCUGCAUCCACGAUGCAAAUUUCUAUGCAGAUGCCAAUGAGUGCGAUGUCUGGUGCCGUUGUAGAUAUGCCUCAGAUGGACCUUGGUUCUUCUAGUCUUUCUGAACCAUCUAUCGCCCCCGCUCAACUCAUGUCAGAUUUCUCUGUACAAACCUCGUUUUCCACGGAUCACAACAUGGCUGGUCUAGAUGGUACUGGAGGAAACCACGCACUCUUGUCCUCUCCUAGCGCGACGACAGGCUCGACAAGUGUAUCCCACGCUUCAUCCCCUUCCCUGAAUGGCGUGCCUUCAGCCUUUCAUAUCGGCUCGUCGUCCCUGGCAUCCGCUUUGGAUAAUACAGUAAUGUCGCGCAGUCGCUCGGGAUCGUCAGCUUCUCCUGGAUUGUUAACUACUGCCGGUUCUGAUCAUGGUGCCUCGAACGGCGGCAGUGGCCCACCUUCUUCGGCACCGUCGUUUGGUUUCCCUCCUCCUAAUGACCAUGCCUUCUCAGCAAGCAAGGAAAACUCUCCUGAAGCACCUGGGGAUGCCCAUCUUAUGGUGCUUGGCGACAUGUUAAAAAACAUCGCGCAACAGGCUAGUUCAGGAAGCGAGGCUUGCUCUAUGGGUCAAACAGAGGAUGCCCGUGGUAUUGUUGACACACUGAAGAAGAGCGUCUUGCUGGUAGCAGACCUCAUUGCUGCCAUGCAAUUACGUGAUGGAUCAGUCUAUGAUCCUUCUCUCAGUGCACAACUCGGUGGCGGUCCAAGUAAUGGAAGUAACAUGGCGUCAUCUUUGUCCUCAAAUGGAAUGGAUCUCGGAUUGCAGCACCUCUUAAAUCCGCCAGUUUCCUUCUCUGCUCCACCAAGUGCUCCACCAGAACCAAAUCCACCGUUGGAUUCGUCAGAUAUGUCAAGAAAACGCUGUGCAUCCUCCGUUGCUGGAGAUCGAGUUCAGAAGGCACUGAAACUCGAGCCCCCAGACGACACUUCACUGGCGUUGCAAAAUCCUCCUUCCCUGGGAUUGCACCAGUCGUCACAUCCUACGGCAUUACCUUCGUCACAUACAUUCUCUUUUCCCGCACAUUCUGCUAUCCCGGCCUCCAUGACGUCCAUAGCAGAACAACCCUCCCUACCUCCUUCCGUACCGAAUUCCCGUCCGCCAAGUCCAUCGCGUAUGGUGCGUCCAUCAUUAGGUCUUCAACAGGAUGCCCAGAUGUCAAACCCGCCUCUACAUCCUGUCGUAUCGUUCUCACACCCUAUGGAAACUGUUACCCAUCCUUCGCCGGAAUUCACCCAACUACCACCUGGGAAUUUAUCGGCACCACCCAUGUCUGUUUCUUCAGGUUUUAUGGCUCCUCCACCGUCUUCUUCUGGCUGGCCUGACUCGUCAUUAUCAGCGCGGCACCAGCAUUCUUUGUCUGCAAGUUCUAUCAUGAGCAAUUUGACCCGUCCGAACUUGAACCUCGCUAACCUCGCCGGAUCAUCAUCCCUCCCAUUCCUUCCCGGAACAGGCCCGUACGUCUCACCGACUCGAUCAACCCAUAUACCUGCACCCGCAGCUCCUAUACCACCGAUUUCUGCCACGGCCUCCGGUCACGGUACCCUUCGUCAAUCGCGGUCAUCUUCGUUCUCUCAUGUCAAUCCGUUUGCAUUCACCGUGCCUGAUAUCGCUCCUCCACCCCCUCCAAUACCUGAAGCAAUGCGAUCUAGACCUUCAACUUCGGGGUUGCAUACAACGACGACCACUCGGCAGUCAUCACCAGAUGAUUAUGACAACUAUGACAACGAUGCCGAUGGAGAAGAUGGCUCGGACUCGUCACCGCCAGGUUAUUAUUCCUCUUCUCCCCCAGGUGACGACAAUAAGCAAGAGGGCGGCGAUCCAAGUAUGGAGGGUGUUCAGUCAACGCAUCGACCUCGAACGAGCAGGCGGAUGAGCCGCACGUCACCUGGAUCUGAGGGAGGUAGUUACGUCAGCCACACGAACGAAGUGCCUCAGGAAUACCGGCCGGCCGUAGAACGAAUAUUUUUCGAGUUCCUGAAUAAGACAUGUUCUAACUUGGAUGCCACGGAUGCCAAAGGCGAACCGAUCCACCAAACGUUGAUGGCAAAGAAAAUGCAGCGGUUGGAUGAGUCUCCGGAUUUUAGACCUUUCAAAUUCCGGAUACAAGCCUUCACCAACGCGUUCUUGGAGGAGCUCGCCCGACAAGGCUACCCGGAAGAAAAGAUUCCGAUGAAGAAGAUCCGAAACUUCCUCUGGAAUCAGCCGUACAUUUCGCGCUUCAAUGAGGAGGGAAAGAAGUCGAAGUCAAAAGGGAAUCACAUCUGGCAUGUGGAUGCGAAGAAAACAGAGAACGGGUGGCUAUUCCGUCCUUUCCAACGUAGACUGGCUGGUGCGCCUCCUGGCGUGGCAUACAUCGGCCUUCGCUGGACAUGGCAGCCGCGCAUAUGGGACCCACAGGCAUCUCGAUCAAAUAUGCCAGUGACAUACAGCUCACCAUGUCUGCCGUCAUGGCUAUCUUGGAAUGAUGGUGCGCUCACCGGCAUCCCGCCACCCGAUGCUCAGAGUUGUGAUGUUACAGUUGAAGCGAGGUUUACGCAAGAUGGUCAAGAAGAGGUUCUUUCGCAUACUGUUCAUGUAUCCAUUGCACCAGUGGCGUCUGUCGACACAUUUGUUCCUUCGCGACGGUCAUCCUUGGUGGGUGAUAUUUCUAAUGCACGUCGCGUUUUAAGUGAUUCCGCAAUGCCACAGAAUGCAACACCCAGGUAUACAAAGCUUCUCUCUCAUAUUUGUCAUCGCGCCAUAGCUAAACUUUUUGGUCGACAGAUCUUCGAGGGCACCAUCGUUUUCUAGCUCCGUGCCUAACAUAGUGGCUCCUGAUUCACAAGUGGUACAGGUAUUGACGACGGCAGCACAGAGAGUAGCAGAGGAAGCGCAGUCACAAGUUGUUGCAUCACCAAUGGAUGCCGGGCAUGAACUGCAAGCCCUUGCGAAACAGCAGCAUGUCCUUACCGUAACGGCUCAGGCUUUCAAUAAUAAAGGUGCAUCCGACACGACAGCCGGCACUUCAAACCAAUCGAGCGCGCUCGCUGCAGCAGCUCAGCAGGUUGUGCUCCAGGCCGCUCGUCAGGUAGUUGCUGAUCGUGCAGUUUCCGGUUCGCCUCCUACACAGGCACCGGGGACUCAGGUGACUGUAAAAGAAGUAUCUGUUGCGACGCAGUCAGCUGUUGCACAGGCUGUGGAGAUGGUGGGGCCGCUUUCGAGCGAGGUCGAUGUGCUGAUGACUGCGAAGAACUUGUUGCAGCAGCAAACACGCGAGUCGUACAGCCCACCGCAAGCUGUCGAUCCCUCACAGAUGGCCGUUCCCUUGGAUCCCGUACGCCCGCACUCCACGGGGAACAUGCUGCAAAGUCCAUUCCCACAAUCGAACAGCUAUUAUCCUCAUUCAUGAGGAAUGCCUUACCUCCGUCGUUCAUCCGACGUCUUUUGUUCUUUGUUCGGGCUUCGUUGAGACUUUAUUCACCAUGUUUUUCCUGAAUGUUGCUACAGCGUUCACCUUCGUUAUGUGUUGUGUAUAGAUCAUAUUUAACGCUUUCGCUCGUUUGUCAUUGUACGAAAUAGCAGAAUACUGAAGUCAAACCCCAAGUCAAACAUCAAUCACGUUCAAGUGGCGUACUACAU